GCGUCUGCUAAAUGACUUAAAUGUAAAUGUAAAUGUAAGAGUUUUGACAAUGUGACUUCAGUUUUGACCAAUGCAUGUUAGCAAUUGGAAACAACUGUAAAUUAUCUGGACUUUGACGGUGUCUACCAUCAUCUCUCCCUGCGCAACGCCUAAAAACCGUCGGAUUACUUCAGACUACUGGAUGUCCACAACAGGAACACUGAAUGACAUCCAGUUCUACCACUUCAUGCACCAUGUGACUCACCUGAAGAAGGAGAUCAUGAUGACCUUUGACCUACUAGACUGGAACGCUAGCGGAGAGAUUGGCUUCUUCUACAUGCUGGUCUGCAUCCUGCUCUGCAGCGAGCACCACGUGGAGAAGAACAUCUUCUUCCGUCGCUCCAGGUUGGUGUUUGAGUUGUUGGACAUGGAUGGAGGUCACACCAUCAGCCCCGCCGAGUUCCAGCCCUCUGGCUUCCUGUUCAACCUCAAGGGACACGCCCUCAAUAAGAUCUUCUACGAGUUCGAUGUCUCCGGAGAUGAGGGAUUAAAAAGGAUUUGCCAGUAGAUUGUUGACUUGAUGACAACUGAUGAUGAUUGCUAGCGAAGACUUUGAAAGUGCGGCCCUACUCCACCUGUCCUGAAUGACAGGUUGCCACUGACUGCCUGUAAUGACAUUCAGGAGGAGCCCAAGAAGAUGCAGAAGUUGCAGAUGAGGAGAGCCAGCACCCCCAGACAGGAGAGAGGUAUGACCAAUGCAGGGGUCACACACACACCUCCCGACUGACACAGCGGAUGCAGCUACCCCACUGACUGAGAGAUAAGGAGAGAUGGAGAGAGGGAGAA